AUGUUUGAGAUUGAAGCUUUGAAAGGUUCGCGAGAGUUCUCAGAAGCCCGUUUCGGUGAUGUUAGAAUCGUACAAGGAGCUAGUAUUGGAAAACUCUCUGCGGUUAACUAUGACCCAACAGUUUGGAGUCGGUCAUUUUGGAAUUAUCUUAUAGGAAGCACUUCUGGCAGAUUUAGGGCCAUUCGCAGAUUUCCUUGUAAUCACAUUUGUGUGUGUGCUGAUUGCGUUGAAGAAUUGUUAGAAAUCUAUGAGGAGCCGUUAUGUUCAUUAUGUCGUUCCAUCAUUUCAUCCUAUGUUGAUGUCUAUAUUUAG